GGUUCCUCUCGUCCGCCUCAACAUCAUGCACUCCUAACUGCAGAGCCCACAAUUAUUUCCACCAUGCUUUGAUCGCAUCUUGUCAUCUCUAGAGACUCAUCAAGAGCCGACCUCGCCAACCAUCAAGAUGGAUUGGGCUGCCCCCAACCUCCCCACAACAAAACCAAAUACCGUUCGGGAAUCCCCGGUACCCACCGCCACCGUGUACCUUGAACCCAAACUCCGUCGAGAGCUUGCUCGUCUCGACGAUGCCGUCCCGUUCAAUCCUCAAGUCCGGUAUCUGCAUCAUACCUGGGCGCAAACCUUCUUCUCGCGACCAGAGCUGUACUUUCAACCAUGGUCUAUCCCAGAGUUGCAAAAGAUUGUCACCGCUGCCAGGCGCACUAGGAAGCGGGUAUGUGUCACUGGAUUCGGUCAUUCGCCCUCGGACCUAACCUGUACAUCCUCCUGGCUGGUGAAUCUGGACAAUUUGUCUCAAAUCCUGGAAAGAAGUGUCGACAACACCCCUGGCCUGACACGAUUCCAGGCUGGUAUCUCGCUCCAUAAUCUCAAUCUGGAGCUUGCCAAGGACGGUUUCACGCUGCCGAACCUGGGCUCCAUCGAUGUCCAAUCGGUAGCUGGUGUCAUCUCAACAGGCACUCAUGGUUCAAGUCUCAAGCAUGGUCUGGUCUCUCAAUCCAUUACCUCCUUGACCAUCUUACUGUCCAACGCUCAGCUCGUCACCUGCUCCGCGACCAAGAACGAAGACCUCUUCCGCGCAGCCCUCCUUUCGUUGGGUUCUUUGGGAAUUAUCGUCGAAAUCAUUGUCCAGGCCGUCCCAGAUUUCAACAUUUCCUGGUCCCAGUCUCUCUACACCCUCAAAUCUGUGAUCGAUGAGUGGGACAAAGACCUGUGGAAAACGGAAGAAUUUACGCGCGUCUGGUGGCUUCCAUACAUGAAGCAGGCUGUCAUAUGGCGUGCUUCCAAGACCGACGAGGCACCAAAACCACCCAACACGACCUUCUACGGAGGCAGCUUUGGUUACUAUGUCUAUCACAACCUCCUAUGGUUGUCAAACAUCUUUCCCCGCAUUCUUCCCUGGGUUGAAUGGUUCAUUUUCGGAAUGCAGUACGGCUUCAAACCAGGAUCUUUUACCAUGUCUGCCGUUCAGCCUGCACGUGAGGGAUUGCUGAUGGAUUGCCUAUACAGCCAGUUCGUCAACGAAUGGGCAUUGCCUCUUCACAAAGGUCCCGAAGCCAUCGCACGACUUGGCGCAUGGAUCAAUCGUGACGAUGCUGCAGCAGGAAUCCCCAUUUCCAGCAAGGGCGUUUGGGUGCAUUGUCCCAUCGAGGUGCGUGUCUCGGACACGAAUUUCUCCGAAUCCAAUAGCUCGGGUGUGCGACCGUUCCUCGACCCCACUGACGCUGUCGGACCUACCCUCUACCUCAAUGCCACGUUGUAUCGGCCAUAUGGUCGCGACCCGCCUUGCCACGAAACCUACUACCGCGCUUUUGAGUGGUUAAUGCGCGACCUUGGCGGCCGCCCACACUGGGCAAAGAAUUUUGCGUACACGACCAAGGGCGAGAUUGAAGCCAUGUAUGGGAAGGACAUGGCCGAGUUCAUGCGUGUGAGGAACGAUAGCGACCCUGAGGGCAUGUUCCUAGGUGCUUGGCAUCAGCGUACUUUGCCAAUUCAAGAUGCUACCGUUCGGGGCGAAGGUGUCAAGGGAACGACGACGACACUACCUCUGAUGGAACAAGAAGUCAGCCGAACGAAGAAAGGCCUCGGAUGGGGAUUCGGUGACGGACUUCUCUGGCAAGGCAAACGGGCAGGUAGCGAUGGAGAAGGAUGGGAAUAUGAUGGUGAUGAUGGAGAUGAGAGUGAUAUGAAUAUCCAAGGUGGCAUCGCCGGGGAUCAGACUCCGAGUCCGCCUGCUACCACGACCAGUGAGGAGAGCUUUGAUUACAUGGCAAAGGGCGAGGCAAGUGUUUAUGCCGAGCGAGGCGAGUGAUGCCGCACACUCUACAUUUCUGGCGCAUCUCUAGCACGACCUGCUAAGUAGUUAGGGUAUAUGAGACAGUUUGAUUCUAUGGCUCCCUCCUGUUCU